UUAUUUUUUAUUCGAUUAAUUUAAACAGUGCUUUUUUCAAUUUCAUGCAUUUGAAUUCAUUUUGAUUUUUGACCCAAUAGUUAUUUAUCAUUGGCGGGGAAACAAAGAAGAAGAAGCAAAACAAACUAAGGCGGGGAAACAAAGAAGAAGAAGCAAAACAAACUAAGAGUGAUUCCGACCCUGUGAAAUGUCUCUGUUGUCAGGAGGACACUGUUACUGUGGGGCUCAGGAUAUAUCCACAACAUAUCACUUCAUGUGUGAUCUGUGUAAACGGAAAUUCCACGAAGAAUGUUUGAAGACGAGCUGUGUGUCGUUGCUAAAGGGAGACUACCUAUAUCACUUCAAGUGUGAGGCGUGUGGUGGAGGAGAGGAAGAAUUUACACGCAUGAGGCUGCAGUGGAUACAGGUGGUACAGUUGGCUCUGUAUAACCUCCAGUUGGCCGGUACAGGCAUGUGUGGGUACUUCCGCUGGAAAGAACACAUCUGCUCCUUCAUUGACAAACACUGGACAACAUUUUUUGGCUCGCACAGGAAGAAGACGUCUCUCUGGCACGGUACAGUUGCCGGGGUUCUGUCCUCAGGCUGCCCCAAUAUAUUCCUUUCCGGGGCCCAGGAGUUGAAGGAGACCGGCUGGUGGAGACUGGCAGAGACAAAACCACCCAGCCCACAUAAAAUUGCUACCCCCUUGAGUAAACCUGCCUCCAAGAAGAAGGAAGCCACCCCCAGUCCUACUGAGCCCCCUAAAGAGGGCCUGAGAAGUCGUCGAGGGCAGAGCUCCAUACAGGCAGCCAUGGAGCUCAAGGCAAAACGGGCCACGCUUAUGGAAGCCAAAGAGAUCAGGAAGACCAAGAUGGCAAAGACAGAGCCUGACCACGCCACAUCUGCUCCGUCACUGUCUCCUAGCAACAGUAGCAGUAGCAGCCAGUGCCCUCAAUCCCAGCAUGCAGAGCACCUGAUGUCAUCAACCCCAAUACUGAAAUCUCCUGGGAAGAUUGACGUUGGCUCAAACCUGACUUUUACCGGUCUGUUCUCACGUGGGGAAGGAAUCGUCGGCUCGGCGUCGUUUGCCAGUUCAUCAGGUUCCAUGGCAACGGGGAUGUUGGUGUCGCCAUGCUCCAGUUCGAUGCAUGAUUACAGCGACGAGAACAGUAAUGUGUCUCAGAGUAGCUACCUGACUGAGAAAGACCUUAAGCUGCAGCCCACAGUUCCCAAUCUUCUGUUAUCGGAGGACGUCUCUGGACAGGAAAUGGACGACAGUGACUUUGAGAUCGACCCUGGGACUAUGUCUCCACCCCCACCGGGCUCGCCAAUCAGAAUGCAGGAUUCUCCCACUGUCCAGGAGAUGUUGUCUGCUAUUGACUCACAUUCCUCAACUAGCCAACUUCUGUAUGAGGACAGCAGUAAUUAUGACAGCAGUUACCACGACAACAGCUACCAGGAGAGUGUCUCCAUGGAUACCAGUAUCCAGGACAAUACCAGUUGCUAUAGCAACAGUAACCAGGGCGCAGAGCAGGCCGCUUUUUUCCAGACUUACAGCACAGAAGACUGUCAAAGUGUGGAAACUGAACAAAGUAAAGACACACAAGAGGAUGAGGCAGGGUCUGUGGUGGACUCAGAGAGUGACAGUGACUCUGAUUCUGAUGCGCAGGCUGCCACAGAUGAACGGCCACCCACCGGCGCUGGCAGGAAGAGGAAGUUGAAUACCGAAUCUGAACCAGUCACCGUGAAUGUGCCAGACGUCACGUAUCAGCUGCUAAGCAACUAUGAGGAGCGACUGCUGCUACGGAAACUUGAUGCAGCGUCUCGACAAGGCACACUGCCACCACAUGUCAACAGAUUUCGACGAAAGCUCAUUGUGCGACAGUUGCAACGGGAGAAUGGUCUACCUGUGUUUGAUUUGGACGCUGAGAUGAACAAAUUGGCCCAAGUUGGUUGGGGUUUACAGACUCAUAAACAUGAUUUCCCCAAUAGCUCAGGAUUACCGGGCAGCUAUUAUCAUGGCGAUAUGAGAGUCCUAGACAAGUUUCAGAUGGACACAUUCAGCAAGUCACGGGUGCUGACUCUACAUCAGCCGUCAUUCCUGAAUCGUCUCGUGGGCUAUGAAGAUGAUCAGCUGCACAGUAUCUGUAGUCCCUACACUUCAAGAAUUCUGAAGCCAUUUAUUAGACGUGACUAUGAAUCUAGACCCUUGAAACUGAAACUUUUGGAAGAAAUCAAGGCCUAUCCACACAGAAAUGACACUUCAUGGACCCCUGACCCAAGUCCUCCUAUAGACUACUGCUAUGUGAGACCACAACACAUACCUUCUGUGAACACACUGUGCAGAGAGUUCUUCUGGCCUGGAAUAGACCUGUCCGAGUGUCUGCAGUAUCCGGACUUCAGCUGUGUGGUGCUAUUCAGGAAGAUUGUAAUUGGGUUUGGGUUCAUGGUGCCUGAUGUGAAGCAGAAUGAAGCCUACAUCUCUUUUAUCUUCACCCAUCCCGAGUGGCGUCGGGCCAACAUUGCCACCUUCAUGCUGUACCAUCUAAUUCAGACAUGCAUGGGCAAAGACGUGACGCUCCACUGCUCAGCUACUAACAACGCCAUGCUGCUGUACCAACGGUUCGGUUUUAAGCCCGAGGAGUUCAUUCUCGACUUCUAUGACAAAUACUUCCCAGCUGACACGAAAGACUGCAAGCAUGCCUUCUUUCUUAGGCUGCGCAGAUGAUACUUUGGACUUUUCAACGCUUAUUUUGUGUUUUCGUAUAAGUGAGCUGAGCUCUGGAAAAACGGGGCUUAAUGCAUGGACGUUAAGUUUCGGCCCAGAUUAGCCUGUGCAGUCCACACAGGCUAAUCAGGAACAAUACCAGGUACUUUCCGCUAAUAUGGAAU